AUGGAAGAAUUGACAUCCGGGGCUGUAGAAGGCAUAGCAACAGUGUUGGAGAACGAAGCUAAACACACGACUGUGCAACUCCGUGAUGGAAUCAAACCAAACGUUUUUGAACGGCUUCUGCAAUUCUUAUACACUGAACAAGAAUUUCUGAACCCGAGCAUAGGGACGUAUCUAAACGACGAAACAGGAAAACGAAUGAAAGAGAUGUUUUUGAAUAACCCUGAAUAUGCUGAUGUAAUAUUCCAUGUUGAAGGGACUAAAAUUUAUGCCAAUAAAGUUGUACUCGCAGCCAGAUGUGAAGUAAUGUCAGUCAUGUUUGGUGGAAGUUUUGUGGAAAGUCUUAGCACUGUGUCUGAAGUAAAGCUUCAGGAAGUGACGUCAGAAUGUUUCCUGGUUCUUUUAGAAUACCUCUAUACAGACCAUGCCCCUAUAGAAGACGUCGACUCGGUGGGAGUUUUGAUUUUGGCGGACGAAUGUUUUAAGCUUCAGGAAGUGACGUCAGAAUGUUUCCUGGCUCUUCUAGAAUACCUCUAUACAGACCAUGCCAACUUAGAAGACGUCGACUCGCUCCAUAACGCAGAAGAGCUUUCUAACUGGUGUCUACAUUUCAUAUCCUCCAACUACAUCGCCUUUGAAAAAAGAAAGGAGUUUCCUCUGUUGACCGGAAGCAACAAAACCCAUGUGGAGGAAAAUAGAUGGCCGCCAUUAUCCUACUUGGAGGAAAUGAAGGAAUAUGAAAAGGAAUAUGAAAAAAAGAUGGAGGCAAGGCGUGAAAAAUGCAGUAUCACAUGA